CUCAGAUCCUUCCACACAAAGAAAACAUUCUGAAGAACCAAUCAGGAUUUCUGUAGGUCAGCUGCAAGUACCAUCCCCAUCUUAAUCUCAAGCAGGAAAGAAAUGAAGCAUAUUAUCAAUGCCUAUGAACACAGCAAUGACACAGCAAGAAAUUACUCUGAUUGUCCUGAUGUGCUAUUGCCAGAUGAGAUAUUUUUCACAAUCUCCAUCAUUGGAGUUUUGGAGAACUUGAUUGUCCCCCUGGCUGUGAUCAAAAAUAAAAAUCUCCAGUCCCCCAUGUACUUUUUCAUCUGCAGUUUGGCCAUUUCUGACAUGUUGGGCAGUCUGUAUAAGAUCUUGGAAAACAUCCUGAUCAUCUUCAGAAACAUGGGUUAUCUCAAGCCCCGUGGCAGUUUUGAAAGCACGGCAGAUGACAUCAUGGACUGCAUGUUUGUCCUCUCUUUGCUGAGCUCUAUCUUCAGCCGGUCUGUGAUUGCCGCUGACCGCUACAUCACCAUCUUCCAUGCCCUGCAGUACCACAGCAUUGUGACCAUGCGCCGCACAGCCAUCACCCUAACAGUUAUCUGGAUGUUCUCUACAGUGAGCGGCAUUGCCAUGGUGAUAUUUUCCCACCACAUCCUCACAGUGCUCACCUUCACAUCACUGUUCCCUUUGAUGCUGGUUUUCAUCCUGUGUCUCUACAUUCAUAUGUUCUUACUUGCACGCUCCCAUGCUAGGAAGAUCUCUACCCUUCCUAGAACCAACAUGAAGGGUGCCAUGACACUAACCAUCCUUCUUGGAGUCUUUAUCUUCUGUUGGACCCCCUUUGUGCUCCAUGUUCUCCUAAUGACCUUCUGCCCAAAUAACCCUUACUGUGUUUGCUACAUGUCUCUCUUCCAGGUCAAUGGCAUGUUGAUGAUGUGCAAUGCAGUCAUUGACCCCUUUAUAUAUGCCUUUCGGAGCCCAGAGCUCAGAGAUGCAUUCAAAAAGAUGUUCUUCUGCAACAAGUAUUAGAAGAAUUUUUGUUCCCUGUUUUGAGUGUUGUAAAGGGACCAAAUAACACAACAGUCUGACACAUACGGAUGCUUCUUCUGACCAGCCUUUCCUUCUCUAACAGAUGGGGAUGAUCCCACUGACUAGUGUUUACCAUAACUGCCUUUUUUUAUUAACAGUCUUACUGUAUCUGCAAACUUUAUAUUAUAUCUAGAGAGAUGAAAUUAUGUGCUAAAAGGCACAGUUUAUGCAUACAAAUGUGAGGACCUUAGGUUAAGCAAAUAAUUUGUUCUUCUGUGGAUACUUGGCAAAGCUGUUAUGGGGGGCCUUU